GUCCAAACGCAGCCGAAGAGGAAAGGAGAGAGAGAGGCGGCGAGGAUGGGGCGGAAGCGGAAGGAGCUGCUGUCGUCGGCUCCAUGGAGGACGGGGGAGGCGGCGGAGGACGAGGACGCGGCAAGGAUGAGCCGCGAGGGGAAGGUCAGCGUCACCAGCAACCCCGGGGAGACGCCCACCAUGAGCAUGCCCCGGAGCAAGCGCCAGGACCUCGACCUCACCGUCGACGACUUCGAGGAGGACGAGAUCGACCCUGAGCUGCGCUACUCCUUCCAGCGGAACAGCAGGUUUCUGAAGAGAGUUUUUAGCGUGGACACACUUGUCAAGCCUCUCCCUCCUGUAAUGGCAUACAGCGUAUCCCGCAAUAUAAACUUCUUCUUCCGGAUCUUCACACAGUUUUGGGAUGAAGAAGGAAUUGCCAAUGCCCAGAAGUCCCUUGGACUGGGGAACGAGGACGGCUCCCGCCGAAUGCGCUGAUCGUGGUCAAACCAAGUUUUCUGUACCGGGUUCAGAACUCUUUUGCCCUAGACACUGGAGACGUGUUAUACGCCUCGAAAGACAUGGCAUGGGACAUUUUUAGGGAAAUUUGGAUCCAUACCAUUAAAAGAUCACCACUUUGGAUCCAUACCAUUACUAUAUCACUUACAUGUGGUUCCACAUGAGUCAAUGACAUGUGGGGUCCAUGGUAUAUAUCUAAAGUUUGGAUCUUUUAAUGGUAUAGAUCCAAUUGUUCCACAUUUUUAAGGUUGGCUUGCAAUUUUGUUUAUCCUAGUGUGUCUGUUUCAUGUAUGUUUGAAGUCCAGAUCUUGUGCUUGCAAAAUAGAGGAGUCGAGGUGGCACAUCGAACUCCAGGCCAAUGGAACGAAAUGCCUACCUGUUCAUUUCCACUUCAACAGUUCCAUUGUAUACUAGUCAAAGACGAGCUUGGGCAUAUCUUUUUCUGCUUCAUUCCUCCUUUUCCUUUAUGAUCAUUAGUAUUGUUAU